AUGCCGCGCGCGCUCGCCGCGGACGCACCGCUCGCGACCGCGCGCCCGAAUCGUCCUCGCGCCCGCUCGGUGCUCCCUCGCGCCUCGAACGCGUCGGCGAUGAUCUUCCCGACGCUCUGCGUCUUCGAUCUCGACGCGUGUUUCUGGACGGAGGAGAUGUACACGCUGCGCGACGUCGUCGACCCCGCGAAGAACGUCCGAGGAUCGCUCGGCGCGGACGUCGGCGAGGGCGUCGUCGGCGCGGUGAGUGGAAGCCACGUCAUCCGGAUCCACCCGGGCGCGCUGCGCGCGAUGCAGGCGUUCGCGCGAGGGGAGUGCGGGACGAUGCGCAUGGCGGCGGCGAGCUCGGCGGAUACGCCGCUCGCGACGCGCAUCGGACGAAGCGCGCUGGAUCAGUUGGAAAUCCUACCCGGGCUCACCGCUCGAGCCGCUUUCGCCAUCGGUUGGCCCGAGGGAUUCGAGGGAAAUCUACAGAUCGGUCGCUCGCCGCCGCUGAGCUCGGACAAGUCGGCGACGCAUUUUCCAAUUCUGCGACGCGAGACGGGCGCGCCGUACGACGAGAUGCUCUUCUUCGACGAUUGCGGGUGGGAAGAUCACUGCGAACGUGUCGCACGGCGGUGCGUGGAGGCGCGCAGCGGGCUCGGACCGGUGACCGUUCGCACCCCUCGCGGGUGUCGCGUCGAGGAAUACGCGCGCGGGUUGGCGCUCUACGACGCCCGCGCGAGAAAAAUAUCCUCCGUCGCCGUCGAGCCGUGA